GUCAGGUUUGAACAGAUCCCCGUGCCCGCGGACCACGCCCUCCACGCUACGCCCCCGCUGCUCCUGCUGCUGUCGCCGCGCACAGGAGAAAAGGAGGAUGAACAUGCGGCGCCACACCUGCGCGCCCCUCGGACUUCUGUUGUUAAUUAUCCUCGCCUCAUCAGAAUGCCUGCAGCUGACAGCCCUGCCCGACAAAGGCUCAACAGUGACGGUGUCAACUGCUCCCCACUUGGAUGACUGUGCUGUUUGUGUAGUCAGCGGGGUCAAUGACACGCAGACGUCCUGCCACGCCACUCUUACGCUGGCGCCUGAGAAGGAGGUCAAGCUGCUCUUCAACUGUUCCCAACCUGUAGAACAGGCUUACACGGUUACUGUAACUCAGAUCCUUGAAUGCACAGAGGACACCUGCAGCCCUUCGACUGUAGAAACUCAACCCUCUCUACUCAGUGAAUUUACCAGAACCUUCAUCUGGCAGAUCAAGGCGCCUGCAAAGACCGUUGUGGGUCUUAAUGUCCUUGGAGAGGGACUGCGGGAGGCGUCAAGACCAUGCAACAAUGGAUAUCGGUAUUCAGUGGACACGUCUGGAACAAACAGCAAAGCAGAAACUGACUACUGCAAAGGAGGUUCUGUGACCCAUUUAGACCUGUUCAGUGACGCUGUAGUUUCUCUGCAAGUUCAACCGAAGACAAAGGUGGAAUCUGUGGUGUUCCAGGCCUCUGCAGGACCACUAAAGGGCCGAACGGUGGUUGUAACCAUUGACUCCAGCACCAACCUGGUGAUCAGCAGGUUCUCGCAGGAACCAGAAUGCGAGCUGUGCUCCGGUGCCGACUCGGCUCGCACCUGCAGCCCGGUGGAAAAAACCUUGACCAACGUUCAGAGUCUCUCGCUGGAGUUUAGUUGCCUCAAACCUCAAGAUGCCUUCAGUGCGGAGGUGAAGAAGACAAUAGAAUGUACCAAGAACUCCUGCACACCAACUUCAGGAGAACUCGAUCCUGGCCUCUUGAAGGACUUUAAAAGAACCCUCAAAUGGGACAUUAGCGUCCCAGAGAGGACUAUUUUAACCUUGGAGCUGCCCAGCGGUGGUCUGAGACAGUUAUCAGCGCAAGCUGAAUGUCAAGAUGGCCCCCGGUACUCUGUGAGCACAACAAGACACGAUGGCCAGAUCAAGACCAAAAGCUACUGCAGUGGUGGAUCGUUGUCUCGUCUGGAUCUUCUUGGAUUUACCACUGUGACUGUGGAGGUGCCCCAAGGAGAAGAACUGGACAGGACAAUAUUCACAGCCAAAGCAGCACCCCGAGUUGGCAGAAUGCUGUCUGUGACCACUGACCCGGAAACCAUCAUUAUGAUCAGCAGAAACUCCCUCGAACCCGACUGCAGCGUGUGUGUGGACAAACCCCCGAAACAGACAUGCAAUCCAAAAAUUCUAACCCUGAGAGAAUCUCGAAAUACCUCAGUCGAAUUCACUUGUCCUCGCCCCGAAGAUGUCUUCAACGUGGAGAUAAACAGAGAAAUUGACUGCACAGCUACUUCCUGCUCUGGCAAUAUGGUGCAGCCUGAGUCCUCGCUCUUCCCAGACUUCAACCGGACCUUUACCUGGGAUCUGAAAGUCAGCUCCACUCGGACCUUCCAGCUGGACUUCCCCGAGCCUGGAAUGCAACAGAUUGCCAAUGAAGACACCUGUCCAGAUGAGCACACGUAUACGCUCAUUACCUAUCUGCGCACUGGGCCUGCCGUCAUUGGAACCUUCUGCAAGGGCGGUGCUGUGACCAGCAUUCAAGUGCUCUACAAGGGCCGCAUGUCUCUCCAGGUGCCGGGGGACAGGAAGAUGGACCCUGUUGACUUCAAAGUCAGUGUUGGGCCUCAGACCAGCAUGGUGGCCAUCGUGAAAGUGAACCUACCACGAGGUGUUUCUGAUACGGCCUUCAUCUCUACCAACUACCCCAAUGACUUCCCUGACAAUCAGCAGAUGCAGUGGGACUUCUCUGUGCCUGGCAUGCACAAUUACACAGUUCACCUUCACCAUCACACGGCCCCGGAGUGCCUCAACAAGGAUGUGGAAGUGGAGUACAGGAAAGACGACAAGAAGGUGACCAAAGUGGGUCUGACUGAUAAGCAGCCGGAACACCAACAGGGCAACUUCAAAAUGGUGCUGAAGAACUGUGAAACCAACACCACACUGCAGGGACUCGCUUUGAAAUACAGCGUGUCUGUAAUGAGAAGUGGUCAUCCAGUUCUAUGCACGGUGGACCUGAGCAAACACCCAAAAAUGGCUCUGCAGAUUGAGAAAGUGGGUUCUGAUCCUUAUUGCGAGAUGAGCGUGAACUCUGAGGUUGUAAAGAAGAUAAAUGUGGCUGCGGGCAGUCAGGCCAAACUCUCCUUUCUUGACUGUCCCAAUGAAGAUGUGCAGUUGACAGCGAGUAAAGUUAUUGGUUGUCAAAAUGUGGCUUCCUGUUCUGAUACUCUCCUCACCGUACCCACGUUGGAUUCCUGUCUUCGGAUGCCCCUCCACAGCUUCACCUGGCACCUGAAUAUCCCUCAGGACAGCACCAUUGAUCUGGUGUCACCAUCAGGGGGUCUGCAACAGUCCGUGCCAGGUCAGGUGUGUAACAGAUCUGUCUCGCUGCAUGUGGAAGAGACUGAAGGCUUCUCUGUGGGAGAUUUCUGCUCCAAUGGGAUCAUCCAGAAGGUUCAAGUGCACGCCAACGUCUCCAUCACGGCAACGACCAGAGACUUCAGCAAGACGAGGGGGCCUUUUCUCAAUGUCACCUUCAGUAAAGAGAUCCCAGAGACCAUCAUUUAUCAAGUCAGUCCACAGAUGUCGUCCCCAACCCUGCUGGCCACCCCCAAUUGGCCCAAGGGUAUGAGACCUUCGUCCACGGUGUCCUGGAUCGUCACUCUGCCAAGCCACCACCAGGCACACGUCCAGUUUGUCAACGUCAGCCAGCCCAAAUGCGAGGACAGACACACCGCCAUCAAGGUCAAGAUGCUGCACUCUGAGGAGGAGAUACUGAGCCGCAGGGAGGACGAGAAGACGGAUGACAAGCUGCUGGUGCCACAGAGCUUCUAUAUCAACAUGUCCAACUGUAUACCAGAGGAUGGGAACUUUGGUGCUGUGACCAAAAUUGUUCUACAGAGAAAGACCAAUCUCCUAGCCAUCCUUCUUGGGAUAGCAGGAGCUCUUCUCCUUUUACUCAUCUUGUUGGGUGUUGUCUGCUUCUUUGUAAGGAAAAAGAAAAAAGAGCGCAUGGAGAAGGAGUCGUCUAUCUACAUCGGCAGAGGGAACAUCUUCAAACCAGGUGAACGGCAAUUCAGCAAGGCCCGGUCCGACAACGAGUCCCACGUGUACGCCUCCAUAGACGAGACGAUGGUGUACGGUCACCUCCUGGGAGACUCCAGCUACGCAGACAGCAUGGAGGACCAUUUCAAAGGAAUGCAGGUAGAUUCCUACCACACCUUCACGGGGCCCUCCAACCUGCCCGUCAUCAAAGAACCGGACCCGGAGCCCGAAAUGGACCAGCUCAACACAUUCCUGGACCCGUCCGAGACUUUCAUCCCGUCUCGUCCGCGCACUCCCAUCGACCGCCAGGACAGCCUGGGCUUCCAGGACCGGCGUAUGGUGGACAAUGAACUGUACACGUUCAGAAACAUGGGGGACAUCAACACCAUUCGACUCUCUGGUGCCGACAUGGAACCAGAACCGCCGACAUCAGAGGAGUUCUUGUAGAUGAUGAUGGGAACUCGUCUGCCUCAGUCUCACUCAGGGAAUCUGAGUGGAAACACUUUUUUUUUAACCAUAUACUUGACUCCUCCACUUUAUGAGAACUUUGAAAAGCUUUCAGAAGAGGAUCUGUGAACUUAUUUUUCUAGGGUUGACUCUCUCUUUUUUUUUAUUUUUUUUAUUAUGUAAUCUCUGCUGAUGUGGUUUGGAUUUUGGAGCAGGGAAAUGGAACAAUUUUGCAGUGUUUUUAUGUUGUUAGUCUGUGAUUACAUUUUUUGCAAUAAAUUUUAGGAAAAAAGCUGCCCCUGC